AUGACAAGUACAACUUCAGACCUCUUUGACUUGAUUUCCAUUAAUCCAAGCUUUACCAGCCCGGAGAUCGAAACUAUGUAUGAGGAUUUGAAAAAGGAUGUUCAGUUCGCGAAAGUUCUUGAUUUUAUUACAUUCCUUAUCAAAUUCUCUCCAUAUUACAUCAUCGACUUACACAAUAAGAACUUUGAGCUUAAGCUCUUAGUUCUCCUUGAAGAAUCAAAGAAUGCCGACUAUAAGCCUUUGAUUGGCCAAAUUGUUAUGCUUAUUGGAGAAUUUUCACAGUACAUUUCGUCAGAAGAUGUUUUGAAAGCAUCACUUGGCCUUUUACAGCUUUCUGAAGACGAAUUUGUCGCAAAUCUUCACUCGUCAAUCGUACUCUCUGUCAAUGACACAAUCAACAUUUGUGCAUCCCGUCCCAGAGCAUAUUUCUCAUUGACACCAGACGCUCCAACCCUUGAAAUUUCGAUUAAUCCGAAGUCAUUGAUCCAAAAUCACUUUAAUAUUUCGCAAUGGAUCUACAUUCCUGACGAGAUUCCUGAUCACUUCAAGAUUCACUUGUUUACUAUUCUCCUUGAAGACAAAGGUGUCAUCAAAUUUACUAUUAACAAGAAUGACAUCUGCUACGAAGUUUCAAAGAGCUCAACUAUCAACAAGCUUCCUAAUGCAAGAAUUCAGUCGGGAGUUUGGACCUACAUUAUGAUAGAUUUCGAAAGGAACCAAACCAAUUACAUGAUUUCUGCAAUUCUCAAAGGAAAGCAGACAAAGCAAGUUCCAGUUGAGCUUGAUGUAUUAUCUAGCGGCGUUACAAAGAUCCAUUUCGCUGGUGCUCAUGAUCUGACACCAAAUUGGCCAAUGCUUGGCCCUGUUUGCAUCAACUCCCCAGUUAACAACGAAUAUCCUGCAUGCAUUUACAACUUUGGCCCGAGAUUUGAUAUCUCUGACAGCAAUGCUUACCAAGUCGUUCCUUCAUUUAACUUACAAAAUCUCGUUUCGGUUUCGGCCAGCAGCAAUGAUAAAGUUUCGCUACAGAUUAUCGGCAAAAAACAAAAACAAUCAAGAUGCUAUCUUGAUAUCUUGAUUGAAUACUGCGGAGUACAAACUCUCUUACCUCUUUUCUCAAUGAUCGACAAAUUCUGCGCUGUCGAAGAGGAAAUCCAAAGCUUUAUGAUUACAAUGAUCGAAAUGAUCAUGAAAAUCCUUCAGACAUCGAAGCUUGCACAAGACCAGUUCGUCAAAGUCUCAGGCUUCUCAGUUAUCGCACAGUUCCUUAUCAAUCAGCGUCAUCAAAACUUAACUUACGGAUUUUACAAGAAAUGCUACGAUCUCUACUGCGCUAUCGACGACAAAACGUUCAAGCAGCAGUUACUCGAUACAUUUAUCCUUAACUUUGCUCUUUGGGCCCAUGCAACUAAUGAACAAUUGAAAUUAGUUACAAGACACUGGGCACGCAUUGUUUACGAGGACAACUUUGAAGAUGCAAUCAAAGUCAAACCAUUUGAGACAAUUCUCUCCGCAAUGAGAACAUAUUUCUGGUAUACAGAAGAAAAAGGCGAAUACACAGAAUACGGUGCUAAGAGUGAUAAUCCACGUGAUCCUGAAGUUGCAAUCAAUGUCAUCAGAUCCAAUUUGACCAACUUAUUAUAUAAUAUCGCCAUCAAAGAUUUCAAAGAACAAUAUUUGACAUGUUUGAUCGGCCAUUGCGUAACAAUCCCAAAUUCCCAACAAGUCAACGAUUUAAUUGUUCUCGUGAAGCUUUUGGCGUUGAAUGAAGAACAACCAUACCAAAAAGUGACAGAACAUUUAUCAAUUUUCCUUUUAUUGCAUCAUUUGUUGAACAAUGCAAACUCCGCCUUAGUGUUCAACUGCCUUGAAGUAUUUGCUGCCUUACACGUUACAGAAUCCAUCAAAGACAUCAAAGAGAACAUCCAUUCCACGAUUUUGAUGGAUUUCAUUCCUCAAAACUUCUUCAAUUACGACAAUUUCAGUAUGAUUGUUCCAUUGGUUCUUAAGUACCCUGAUUUCGUCAGCCUCAUGUUCUACAUGAUCUCCAAGAUCGAAGACAAGCAGUGCAUCGAGUUAGUCAUGGACCAUUUAACACCAGAUUACAAGUACGGAAAGAAGAAAGAAUGGUGCAUCUGGCCAAUCAUCACUGCUUUGACAAAAAGAGGCGAAUACGGUGAUUUCAUCAUGAAAUUCAUUGCAGAAUCAACUGAAACAGAAUGGGUGUUUUCUUUCUCUGCCAUUGAAGUUGUCGGAAGAGCAUUGAAUGUUUCAUUUGAAGAGUAUCAAGGAUUGUACAUGAAAUACUUGACAAAGAGAAUUUUGGAUUCUCCUCUCAUGUUCUUCCAAGAUCAGCACAAAUUCUGGGAUCUCGCAAUAUUCUUCAUGUUCUUCAGACCAGAAGAUUCAGAAUUUGGCAUUACAAAGAACAUUCUCCGAAAUUUCGAAGUCAAGAAAUCAAAACAUGCUUCUGAUGUUUCUCACAACCAAAAGAUUGAUUUAAGUCUUUUCUUGAAGAUCAACAAGACACAGUUGAAUUCAACAUUCAGCGAAAUGAAUUCCGACAACUACAAGAUGAAGUACAGAUAUGGAUUGAGAUUCAGCAAAGAUGGAAAAUGGCUUGACACAGAAUUAGGUUUAUUAUUGUGCAAACAAGCAUGCAGAACUAAAUGCGAAACAUUCCAUAACACGAGCUGCAUCUUCGCUGCUUUCAGUUUAGCAGCGAAACCACAGGAAUCUUAUGAAGCAAUUUCUACUUUGAUAAACAUAAAAGUUGCACAAGAAAGUUAUCUCAACUUAAUACAACACAGAGAUAAGAGAUACUUCGGAAAACAAAUCCACACAGAUUGCAUUGAACAGUUGUUGACACAGAUCCAAGAAUACAAUGAUGAAUUGAUGAAGAACUCUAAAGUUGUCACUGCAAAACUCGUCAGAUUCAACGAAAGAGUUGUUGAGAAAAUGGAUAUGAUUUUCCAGAUGUCAGAUACAGAAACGAACUCUUCAAACUUCAAGGACAAAUUGAACUACUCAUCACACAUCGCCAAAGUCAAAGAGACAUUCCAGAAGAAAGCAAACAGACUCCUUAAGUUAUCAACAUCAAAAGGAGCUCCUUGGGAAUCAAUGUCAGAUAAAAGUGAUGCUGAUAAAUUCCUUUACAUCACAAGAACAAAUGGAACUAAUUAUAUUCCAAUGGAAGCAAUCAUGAUCAAAGAUCUCGUGAAAGAUGGCGAUUUACCAAUUAAAAUCGUUCCUCCAACAGAAGAUACAGAAAGAUGCGACAUCAGUGAACCAAUCACAGAUGCAAUGGAACAAUUCAUGAAAGAAAAAACAGAAGAAUACCAGAACAAAACUAAUUUGGUUAUUCCGAAAUUCGAACGUCCUGAUAUAAACCAAAACUUCGCUCUUCCUGGAAAAAUUUACCAUGUUUCUGAUUUACAACAAGACAUCGUUUUCUCUGUUUUGAAUGAAAGUUUCGAGAUCAGAUUCUGCUACAACAACUUAGUCCUUACUUUCGAUUCCUCAAACACAAAGAAAGUGAUGUUCAGAGAAAUCGACGGUUUGCCAUGCGGUUUGGAAGUUUACACAACAUUAGGACAGAGUUAUUUAGUUAUUUUAGAGGAUUUCAACUCUUUAACUGUUUUGAAUUCGAUCGCACAGUUGAAAGGUUUCGAAAACAUCGAAGUAAUGACGAAACAACCUUUCGAAUACGUUGUUACAUCAAAGAUAACCGAAAAGUGGCUUAAUUAUGAGAUCACUUCACUUGAAUAUCUAUUAGCAUUAAAUGACAUUGCUGGCAGAUCAUUCAACAAGUUAUCUCUUUAUCCUGUGAUGCCAAACGUCAAUUCCAACGUUACACAGCAUUACAAUGUCAGAAGUGUUUUAGAUUUGCUCGGAACAGUUGAACCAUACAAGACACUUCUCAGGAAUUUAGGAAAAGGAAAACUUGACAAGAAUUUAGUUUCUGACAUUUCGACGAUCAAGACAUUUUAUCCACCAGAGUAUUUUGCUUCUCCUUACUGUCUUUCAUCCGAUGUCAAACUUCCAACAGAGAACAUCUUCGAGUUCAUCAGAUCUAACAUCGAAAAACUCGAAUCAGAUGACAACAUGGUCAUUGCUUUCAUCGAUAAAGUUUUCGGUAUCGGAUCGAGUUACAAGAGGAUGGAAGAUUUCGAUGAAGGAUUCGUUAAAGAUCCAUUCAGAAGAGUCAACUACGAAGUUGAAUUGAAUUUCAUCAGAACACAACCAAUCAAACUCUUCUACAAAGAACAUCCAAAGAGAAAACAAUUCGAAGUUAAACAUCCUGCAGCUAUGGAUUGCCAGUUCAAAGACUUGAAAUCUAUCAAGAUCAUUCCAGAACAAAAGGCACAAGGAUGCAUGGCAAGUUACGUUGUUUUCGAACCGAACACGCCAAUCUACAGAUUGUCUGUCAACUUGAACCAAGAAGGAAGUACUUCUCUCUUCAAGAAAGAGACAAAUACAAAAGUCGAAGUUGGACAUAUCCAAAGAAACUGCAUCUCCGAUGUUUCCAAAGGAAAAAUCGCAAUUGGAAACAAGAGCGGAGAACUGUUUAUGGUUUAUGGACAAGAUGGAUUCGAUGUUUGCGGAUCUUAUUUCAGUUCACCAAUAAAGAAACUUGUAGCAGGUACAGAGCAAAUGGCAAGUGUUCAUGAUACAAACACAAUCAAUGUUUGGUCUGCAAGGAAUCCUUACCAACACUUGUAUUUGCUUCCAUCUUUCAGAGGAAGAGUUUAUGAUUUGGCUGUUGAUUCAGACAGUUCUCUUUUAGUUGUUGCAUAUCAAGAUAAGUCUAUUGCAAUCUUCUCAUUGAGUUUGGGAGAAAUGAUACACGAAAUAGAGUUAGAUUUCGUUGCCCAACACAUUUGCAUUUGCGGAAACUCAUCAUUGAUUUAUGUUUCAAAUGGAAAGAAGUUGAUUGCAUUCACAUCUAAUGGAAUCAAAGUUUGUGAAAGAGAAUUCACAUCAUAUAUCACAUGGAUUGGCGGAACAAAGAACAAAGUCUCUAUUUUGACAGAGGCAAAUGAACUCUAUAUCUUAGAUUACAUCAAUCUGAAAGGUAAAGGAAGAGAAGUUCUCUGCAGUCCAAAGGCAAAAGUUGUCGAAAUAGAAUUCUCAGGAAUGCCAAAUGUUACUUCAUUCUACACUGAAACAGGCCAAAUUGUUGUUGCAAGCUUCAAAUUAUAA